AGUGUUGCAUUGACGCACCGCGUCGUCUCGGUCCUAAAAGCUUCCUGCGGCUUGACUUUACAGUUUUCUGAAGGAAUUUGUGUCUGUACCGACAGAUAUCACCAUACAGGAUAUCACCCCUGACCAAAGAGACUCUCUCUCUCUCUCUCUCUCUCCCCUUCACUGCGGGUAGGAGAUUUAAAUACAACUUUCUGCACAAGCUUUGCUCCAAGGACACGAAACACAGCGCUGAGACUUGACAGAUCACACACAGAUUGCUCCAGGAACUUUUCUUAAUUUCAACCAACCGACCAGUGGAAGAUCCCCGCCGUCACCAUGAGCGCGUGCAGCAGGAAGGCACUGACAUUGCUGAGCAGCGUCUUUGCAAUCAGCGGCCUGGGGCUGCUGGGAGUGGCAGUCAGCACAGACUACUGGUUGUACCUGGAGGAGGGUGUGAUUAUGCCUCUGAACCAGAGCACUGACAUCAAGACCUCGUUGCACUCCGGCCUCUGGAGAGUCUGCUUCCUGGCUGGUGAGGAGUCGGGUCGCUGCUUUACCAUCGAGUACAUCAUGCCUAUGAAUGUCCAGUUGACCUCAGAGUCCACAGUAAACGUGCUCAAGAUGAUACGCUCAGCCACUCCGUUCCCUCUGGUCAGCCUGUUCUUCAUGUUCAUCGGAUUUGUCCUCAACAACAUCGGACACAUCAGGCCACACCGCACCAUCCUGGCUUUUGUCUCUGGAAUCUUCUUCAUCCUCUCAGGACUGGCUCUGGUGGUGGGUCUGGUGCUGUACAUCUCCAGUAUAAAUGAUGAAAUGCUGAAUAGGACGAAGAGCAGUGAGGCCUAUUUUACCUACAAGUAUGGCUGGUCCUUUGCCUUUGCUGCCAUCUCCUUCCUGCUCACUGAGAGUGCAGGCGUAAUGUCCGUCUACCUGUUCAUGAAGCGCUACACAGCAGAGGAGAUCUACCAGCCUCGCCACCCGAGUUUCUACCGCCCUCGCCUCAGCAACUGCUCGGACCACUCCGGCCAGUUCCUCCACCCAGAGGCCUGGUCACGUGGCCGAAGUCCCUCUGACAUCUCGAGUGAAGCUUCUCUCCAGAUGAGCGCCAGCUACCCUGCUCUCCUCAAAUGCCCCGACUACGAUCAGGUCUCCUCUUCACCCUGCUGAGGGGGUCAGUCAUCAGAGCAGAGGCCACCUAAAGGUCACUAAGGGGUCAUUGAUGAUCACAUACUGUAAGGUCAAAAGCCGAGGUUUUCUUUCAGGAAAAAGAUACAACUUAUAGAUAUUUUACUGGGAGUUUGUUGUUUUUCAGGGAGGAAAGUGUGUGCAGCUUGGACUGUGGCCCGAGGACUUUGAAAAUAUGUCCGUAAAGUCAGAUGUGGCUUUUUAUAGAGUCAGGGGUGCUAACUGGGAAUUUGCUGUUGUAGCAAAAUUUACUGUUUCUCUAGGUCAAGACGAAGUCUACAGGUUCUAGGACAAUUCUAUACAUUUAUUCGUCAUCUUGGUUUUAGUUAUUGUUUCCGCAAAAGUCUCAAAGUUAAAAUCUGUUAAAUAGUUCUUUUUAGAGGGUAUAAAUGACCUUUUGACUUUAUCUUAAGGGGUACUUUGUUCUGUAUUUUAGUUUAAUUGUAUGUGUGCAUUUUACCUUCCAGUGCCUCAUAGAUGUUUCUGUCUGUGAUAUCUUUUGCAGCCUCAUUUUACAAUAAAUGCACAUCAUGC